AUGGGCGCCCUGGCCCUGGCCCUGGGGAUUUUCCACUACCUGGGGCUCUACCUGCAGCUCGGCGCCGCCUCCCGGCACCCCCCGUGGGACGCCCCGGCGGCGGGCAGCGCAGCCCUCUUCACUGAGACCCCCCACGACAUGACGGCCCAGGCAGGCGAGGACGUGGAGAUGGCGUGCUCCUUCCGAGGCAGCGGCUCCCCCUCCUACUCCCUUGAGAUACAGUGGUGGUACGUCCGCAACCACAAGGACUGGACGGACAAACAGACGUGGGCUUCCAACCAGCUGAAAGCAUCGCCGCAAGAGGAGCCCGGGAAGGACGCGACAAAAAUAAGCGUGGUGAAGGUGGUCGGCAGCAACAUCUCCCACAAGCUGCGGCUGUCACGGGUGAAGCCGGCGGACGAGGGGACGUAUGAGUGCCGGGUGAUUGACUCCAGCGACGGCAAGGCACGGCACCACAAGGUGAAGGCGUACCUGCGGGUGGAGGCGGCGGGGGGCACGGGGCACCCCCAGGACACCCAGCUGCGGGGCGCUCCGCUGCUGGACCCCGCUGCGCCAGGCUCAGCCCAUGCGCACCACCACCACCACCACCACAAAGCUGGGAAGGAGCUGAAGAAGCGCUCAGCGGACGCCUCCUGCGUGCUGUAG